AUGAGAAGCAUAAGAGCCCACACAGGACGUGUUAAGCGCUCUUUCACAAAGAUGGAUGAUGAAAUGCUCAUCAGGGCUGUUGAAUCCAGUAGGUACAAAGACUGGAAUGAGAUUGCCAAGAAGUUAGGUAAAUGGACAGCUCGCCAAUGCAGAGAGAGAUGGAAAAACUAUGUAGAUCCAUUCCUCUCCCAUGAGAAAUGGACGGAUGAAGAAGAUUCAAUUCUAUUAAAGAAGUUUGAUGAGAUCGGGAGUAAUUGGGUGAAAUUAAAACAGUUCUUGCCAGGAAGAGCCGUUAAUAACAUCAAAAAUAGGCUCCAACAUUUAAGGGCAAAUAAUUCCUCGUCUAAAUCCCAAACUGAGGUUGAGGAAUCACCAACAGAAUCUUUAUCAUAUUAUCUUGAUUUUCUCAAGAUAUCAAACCUUGUUAAUGUUCACUAA